AUUAGCUCUGUAAAUUCAGUUGAGCUGUUGUUGAGAACCGUUACAUAUCUCACAGAGCAUUCAGACGAUUUUUCUCCUAUUCCCUUUAUUGUACGAUUUAGAUAAGUUUUUGCAAAAAUGCGUGAAUGUAUUUCCAUCCAUGUUGGCCAGGCUGGUGUGCAGAUUGGUAACGCCUGCUGGGAGCUAUAUUGCUUGGAGCAUGGCAUCCAGCCUGAUGGCCAAAUGCCAAGUGACAAGACCAUUGGAGGUGGUGAUGACUCGUUCAAUACCUUUUUCAGCGAGACUGGUGCUGGAAAACAUGUUCCUCGUGCCGUGUUUGUAGAUCUGGAGCCAACAGUUGUUGACGAGGUUCGUACUGGUACAUAUCGUCAACUCUUCCAUCCUGAGCAGCUGAUUACUGGCAAAGAGGAUGCUGCAAAUAACUAUGCCCGUGGACAUUAUACCAUUGGUAAAGAGAUUGUAGAUCUUGUGUUGGACAGAAUUCGUAAGCUGGCUGAUCAGUGUACAGGUCUGCAGGGAUUCUUGAUUUUCCAUAGCUUUGGUGGUGGCACUGGUUCUGGAUUUGCAUCUCUCCUAAUGGAACGUCUGUCCGUUGAUUAUGGUAAGAAGUCCAAAUUGGAGUUUGCAAUCUAUCCAGCUCCACAAGUGUCAACUGCAGUUGUUGAGCCCUACAACUCAAUUCUGACCACUCAUACCACCUUGGAACAUUCUGACUGUGCAUUCAUGGUUGAUAAUGAGGCUAUUUAUGACAUCUGUCGUCGUAACUUGGAUAUUGAAAGACCAACCUAUACCAAUCUGAAUCGAUUGAUUGGUCAAAUCGUAUCUUCUAUUACUGCUUCCCUUCGUUUUGAUGGUGCCCUGAAUGUUGAUCUGACAGAGUUCCAGACCAACUUGGUACCUUAUCCUCGUAUUCACUUCCCCUUGGUAACUUAUGCGCCUGUCAUCUCUGCUGAGAAGGCAUACCAUGAGCAGUUGUCAGUUGCUGAGAUUACUAAUGCCUGCUUUGAACCAGCCAACCAAAUGGUGAAGUGUGAUCCUCGUCAUGGCAAGUACAUGGCUUGUUGUAUGCUGUAUCGUGGUGAUGUGGUUCCAAAGGAUGUCAAUGCUGCCAUUGCUACCAUCAAGACCAAGCGUACUAUCCAGUUUGUUGAUUGGUGCCCAACUGGCUUCAAAGUUGGUAUAAACUACCAACCACCUACUGUUGUACCAGGUGGGGAUCUAGCUAAGGUACAACGUGCUGUCUGCAUGUUGAGCAACACUACUGCUAUUGCUGAAGCUUGGGCUCGCCUUGAUCAUAAGUUUGAUUUGAUGUAUGCCAAACGUGCCUUUGUCCAUUGGUAUGUUGGUGAGGGUAUGGAAGAAGGAGAGUUUUCCGAAGCUCGUGAAGAUCUUGCUGCUUUGGAGAAAGAUUAUGAAGAAGUUGGUGUUGAUUCAGUUGAGGGUGAGGCUGAAGAAGAAGGAGAAGAGUACUAGAAAACUAACUACAAAUUGACCAUUGCAACAUCAGAUGGCUUUAAUGAAUUGAAAUAAAAUGAUCAUAUUUUGAAAAAGGGAAAAUUAA